AUGGCGUCAGUUAGUUUACGUUGUAUUCCAGACAACCCAUAUGCCAUAAUUGGCGUGACAAAUAACAAGAGAGCUCGAUUUGAAAUCGAAACAAAACCAAACGAAGACAAUGCUCAAUCAAAAAAACGAAAUCCGCUCAAUUUAGUAUUAGUACUUGAUCGCAGUGGUUCCAUGGCAUCAAGCAACAAGUUAACAUUUGCAAAACAAGCUGUUAUUUCUGUACUCAAUGCGCUCAAUGACGACGACAUUGUACAUCUUGUUGCUUACGAUACUACAGUACGAAACGUCUUUGAAAAUGCAUCAGCAGUAAGUCGUCAAAAUCUGUAUUCAAUUGUCGAAGGAAUUACCACUGGUGGUGAAACAUUUCUAUCCGGCGGAAUGGACAUGGGUGCUAGUCUGCUCGAAAAAUAUCCACAUCCUGGCUUUUCUAAACGUAUGUUCGUUCUAUCCGAUGGAUUAGCAAACGUUGGAUUGCGAAGUAAAGAAGAAAUCGUGAAAGUUGUUGGUAAAUACAAUGAAAAAGGUAUUAUCGUUGACUCGUUCGGCGUUGGCGAAGAUUUCGAUGCAGAGAUUAUGAAAGGCAUUGCUACAGCUGGUCGUGGUCAAUUCUUUUUUCUUGAGUCAGCCGAAGUCAUUGUCGAUCUAAUGAACAAAGCGUUACAAAAUGUUUUUGAUGUCUGCGGAUCGCAAGCACAAUUAAUUAUUCGCGGUCGUAACAAUGCUAUUGUAACCAAAAUCUGGGGUCACGAAAAUAUUGCCGUUGGUGCAAACCUUGGCGAUAUUCACUUUGAUAAUCUUCGCGUUAUUCUUUGUGAUUUUAUAAUUUCGGGAAAUGGUCCGGAAGGCGCCGAAGUUCAUGCUCUCGAUUUUCAACUGAAAUAUAAUCUGCCGGAGAAUAUCGAAGGUGAGCCUGUCACUAUCGCUGGUCAGUUAUCGGUCAUAUUUGUCAAUGACGAAUCCCUUAUUCGAGAUAUUGAUCCUAAAGUCCGAAUGGUGCAUGCAACACAAGUUGCCGGAGAAAUGGAUGAUCGAAUCGUUGAAUUGAUGAAAAGCCAUCGACGUGAUGAUGCCAUUGCCUUACUCACCGAACAAAUCGAUCUUCUCAGACAAGUGGAACAUUUAGAUGAUGACAAGGGGAUGAUUGCAAUGUUAAUACGAAUGGCAGAAAACUUACAAAAACGAUUAAAAGAUAGAACAAUCAGUGAGAAAGCAGCUGCUCACAAAUGUGGUCACCAUGGUCACAUGAAAAAAUACCAUGAUACUAAAUACACAAAACACUACGAAGAAGACUGA